UCUAUGAAAAUAAAUGAAGGUGUAGUCACAAAAGAAUGAAUGUCUCCUUCGAAUGUACUUAUUUCUGGAAUGUAUCCAGCGAAGAUGCACUUUCACCUUUCAAAACAGGCAGCACUGAGAAUAUUUUAUUUGCUACCUUUUACAUAGUGGAUUUUAUUCUUGCAUUCCUAGGUAAUGCAACUGCCCUCUGGAUCUUCCUUUACCACAGGCAAGCAGGAUCUCCAGCAAACAUAUUUCUGAUGCAUUUGGCCAUUGCUGAUAUUGUUUACGUGAUGGUAUUACCAAUGAAGAUCGUUUACCACCUACAGAACAGUCAUUGGCCAUUUGGGGAAGCACUUUGCUGCAUUACAGGAUUUUUAUCAUUUCUUAACAUGUAUGCUAGCCUUUACAUUAUGGCUUGCAUCAGUGUAGAUCGCCUUCUUGCAGUUGUUUUUCCUCUUAAGUCGAUUAAAAUCAGAAAGCCCUUGGUUGUUCAUAUAACAUGCACUGCAUUGUGGUUAUUAACCAUUAUACUGAUGGCACCAAUGCUUGGCUCUACUCAAACUGCAAAAAUUAAUAAUACAAUUGUGUGCUUUCAACUUUAUCGUGAGAAGUUUUCCAAAAAAGCCAUUUUCUCUAUUAUUGUUGGUUUUGCAGUUCCUUUUUUCACAACAGCAUGUUCUUACUUACUGAUUAUCUAUAGUCUUCUAUUCAACACUCAUCAAAUUAAUAGCAGUCUAAAGAACAAAGUGGUGAAAAUGAUUAUCUUAGUGCUUUUAAUUUACUUCAUUUGUUUUGUUCCAUAUCACAUUAGUCGCCUUAACUACAUAAUUUCAUGUACAAGCCAUCGUCAGCUUUCCUGGGAGGAACUGAAAAGCCUCAGUUUCACUAAUCGCAUCACUUUCUGCCUGACCAGUCUCAAUCCACUUUUGGAUCCCAUCAUGUAUUUUUUCUUGGCUGAGAAGUUCAAAGACACACUGCAGAAGCUAUGCAGAAGGCAGCUCAAUAAGCUUUUCAUCUGCACUUCUUAGAGAAUGAAUUAAAAACACAAUUAGACAGGGCCAUGGCCAAGAUGGCAACCUGCUAACAGCACAAAGUCUUAGCUCUGCUUUAUUUUCUUUUUUUCUGACAGGAUUUUAUUAUACAAACUUAAAAACUUAUUUUCGUAUACAUUUUGAGUCUUUGAAACUAUUUGAAAGAAAAAUACAUUUUUGUAUGUUUUUCUUUGAUUUUUCCUGUCAGAAUUUUAUUGGCUGUUGUGACAGAAUAAGCCACUCAAAAGUGAACUCUCAAGACAAUUUGGUGAAAAAGGAACUACAGUCUAUAAUGGGCUGUAUCCAGCAGCUUUACUUUUUAUUGGAUAAAUGUGAGAUCAAAAUGGACAAUAUAAAAGAAGAUUCCAAGAAACAAACAAAUGUUAAAAGAGAUCAUAAAAAAUACAAUCUGUUCAGAUUUCAGCAACAGAAGACACAUUGAACCACCUGUAGAGCAGAAUGGCAAAGAGUGAGAAUCACACAGAAUUCAUGUUAAAACAAAAUACUUUGCCUAUAGAAAA